AUGACAUCCAAAGAACUUUCCUUGCAAUACGCUCAAAACUUUGUUGACUUUGUCAAUGAGUCACCUACUCCUUACCAUGCUGUCAAUUCCGUAAAAGAGCUGUUGAAGAGCGCUGGUUUCCAAGAGCUCGUCGAACGCAAUAACUGGCGUGGCAGAGUUGAAAAAAAUGGGAAAUAUUACGUCACACGUAAUGGCUCCUCGAUCGUUGCAUUCACUGUUGGUGGGAAGUACAAGAAUGGGAAUGGUAUUGCCAUUGUUGGAGCUCACACCGAUAGUCCCUGUUUGAGAAUUAAGCCAAUUUCGAAAAGAACCUCUGAGGGAUUCAUCACGGUGGGAGUAGAACAAUAUGGGGGAUUGAUUGCUCAUACAUGGUUUGACAGAGACUUGUCAAUUGCAGGUAGGGUCUACGUUGAUGAAGAUGGCAAAUACGUUCCAAAGUUGUUGAAGAUAAACAAACCUUUGUUGAGAAUUCCAACAUUGGCUAUCCAUUUGAAUCGCGAAGUUAAUACCAAAUUUGAAUUCAACAAGGAGACAAAGUUGGUUCCAAUUGCAGGCCAAGUUGCUUUAGAAAGCUGCGCGGACGAUCCUGAGUUGAAAAUGUCUCCGGAACAGUUUGAGUCUGUCCAGAAUGUCAUUUCAAGACACAACAAGUCAUUAAUUGAGUUCAUUGCUAAAGAAUUGAACGUCAAACCGGAGCAAAUUGAGGAUUUUGAAUUACUCUUGUAUGAUCACCAAAAGUCGGAAAUUGGUGGAUUGAAUGACGAAUUUAUAUUUUCGGCAAGAUUGGAUAACUUGACGUCGUGUUUUGCUGCGACUGAGUCAUUGGUUGAGUCUGCUGAUGAUUUGGCAAACCAAAAAGGUAUCCAGUUGAUCAGUUUAUUUGAUCACGAGGAGAUUGGAUCUCGUAGUCUGCAUGGUGCAGACUCUUCGUUUCUCCCAGAUGUAUUGCUGCGUUUGACCAAAAUUGACUUUGAUGGGAAUAAAGAUGUGGACUUUUUCCAUGAAGUUAUUUCAAAAUCGUUUUUGCUUUCUUCUGAUCAAGCACACGGUGUCCAUCCAAACUAUGGCGAUGCUUAUGAGUCGCAAAAUCGCCCUCAGAUUAACUUGGGUCCAGUAAUCAAAAUAAAUGCUAAUCAAAGGUAUGCAACCAACUCUCCAGGAGUGGUUUUGUUGAAAAAAGUUGCCGACAAGGCGAAGGUGCCACUUCAAUUGUUUGUGGUUCGAAACGAUUCUCCUUGUGGCUCCACCAUUGGUCCAUUAUUGAGCUCGAAAUUGGGUAUCAGAACUUUGGACCUCGGAAACCCGCAAUUGUCAAUGCAUUCAAUUAGAGAGACUGGAGGUGCCUACGAUAUCAUUAGACUCAAUGAUUUGUUCAAGUCAUUUUUUGAAAAUUACAUCGAUUUAGAAUCAAGAAUAUUAUGUGACCACCUUUAG